AUGACUUCCAGCGCCGCCGCAAAGCAACCUAUCCACCCGUCUUUCAUCUCCAAACUCGAUUUGGAGUACGUCAAGUUCCAUAAUGAGCAGCUGGCCAACUUGACGCCACCCCAUACGCUGCCUUGGGAUCCUUCGAUCCGCAACAUGGCCGCGGUACCGGGCGGAUGGACGCUGGGAAAUAUAGGCAGCGAAGCAACGUUCUGCACCCAUAUGUGCGUUCACGCGAACUGCGUUGUGAUAUCCGUGGACUACCGUCUAGCACCGGAAAAUCUUUACCCAACAGCUGUCGAGGACGCCAUCGACACCCUUCAUUGGAUAGUCGCGAACGCCCAACGUGAUUUGGUAACCAAUCCAAAUAAAAUCGCUGUCGGCGGGUCUUCUAGCGGAGGCAAUCUCGCCACCGUCCUCGCACUCAAAACUGUUGAGCAAGAUCUUCCCAGCGUCUUCAUGUUCCAGCUUCUAGUCGUUCCGGUGACCGACAACACCGCGUCGAUCGAGACAUCAUGGAAGGGGAACCAGCUGACGCCGUGGUUGUCUCCUGACAGGAUGAUGUGGUUUCGGCGGAACUACCUCCCUAACGAGGCGGAUUGGAGGAAGUGGGACGCGUCGCCGAUCUUUGCGCCAGACAAUCUCGUCGCGCGGCUUCCAAAGGCAUGGAUUGCCGUCGCGGAGCUGGACAUUUUGCGUGAUGAAGGUAUUCAAUAUGGUGAGAGGAUGAGGAAGGCGGGCGUUGAAGUUGAGAUUGAAGUGUAUAAGGGUGCUCCGCAUCCGAUCAUGGCUAUGGAUGGUGAGUUCUAG